GUUUCUGACUGCCGAGAUUUCGGCUUGGUUGGUUUUCUGGCGUUUGGCUCCUUGACUAAACGCGCAAAGGCGCCGGCGCAGUUCAACAGCGGUACUAGUUUUACGUGAAAGUAGACAUUUUGUUUGCUGGAAAGAACUGUGGGUGCGAAAAAAUGGGAACAAGGGUGUAUGUUGGGCGAUUGUCGUACCAUGUUCGAGAAAAGGAUUUGGAGAGGUUCUUCAGAAACUAUGGACGAAUGAGAGACCUCAUGCUGAAAAAUGGAUAUGGUUUUGUGGAAUUUGAGGAUUAUCGUGAUGCUGAAGAUGCUGUGUAUGAGCUCAAUGGAAAGGAACUCUGUGGUGAAAGAGUAAUUGUUGAGCAUGCCCGAGGCUCAAGAGGUGGUGGCGGCGGUGAUGAUUGGCGAGAUCGCGGCUAUCCGUCCAGACGUCGCGGAGGUGGUGGUGGUGGUGGCGGUGGCGGCGGAAGAGACAAAUACGGACCCCCAACAAGGACGGAAUUUCGUCUUAUCAUUGAAAACCUUUCUUCAAGGGUCAGCUGGCAGGACCUGAAGGACUACAUGCGUCAAGCUGGAGAGGUCACCUAUGCAGAUGCACACAAAAAGCAUAAGAAUGAAGGUAUUGUGGAGUUUGCUACCCACUCAGAUAUGAAGGCAGCAAUUGACAAAUUGGACAACACAGAAAUCAAUGGAAGAAGGAUCCAUAUUGUUGAAGACAGACCCAAAAGAAGGAGAUCUUACUCAAGAAGCCGUAGCAGGAGUCGCAGCCGUUCUCGAUCUCGUCGAAGCCGAUCAAGGAGCCGGUCAAGGAGCAGGAGCCUUAGUCGCAGCAGGAGCAGGAGCCGGAGCCCCCGUAGCAACAGGAGCAGAUCAGCCAGUCCAGCUAAGAGAUCAAGAUCACGCUCGUAUUCUCGCUCUAAAUCCAGAACACCAGAUAAAGAUGGCUCUCCAAGCAGGGAUGAACAGAGGCAACAGUCAGAUAAUGAAGAUUAGAUAUCGGACUUCAGAAUAUCCACAUAAAAGAUGGCAUCAAAUCUCAACACUCACUAUUUCAGCCUGAAAAUGUGUUUAGAAUUUGUUCAUUAUUUUGAGAAGCUUGAAAGAAAGUGUGAAUAAGUUAAAUGUCAUGACGAAAACUUUCUAAACAAUCAUCUGUUCAUCGACUACAGGUCAUUUUCUAACCUGAGAUUAUAUCCAUUGAUUGCAUUUCAUCAUACUCAACUUUUGCUCAUCAGUCCUUGGUUAGAAUCGUCUCCCUUUGUAACAUUGAUCAUGUUUUUUAAUUGCUCAUGCUUGAAAGAUCAGAUUCCUUUUAAAGGAAUUAAUAUCUUUUUGAGGCAUAUACUUCAUUUUUCAAGAAUGAUAUUUCUUGAGAUAUAAUGUCUUUGUAGAGAUUCAUACUAUUCAUUGUGCUAUUUUGCACAAUUAAUGAAUAUCUGUAGUUUUUAGCCUUCACUGACAAAAAUAAAACAUCAUGAUCACCUGUAAAA